AAAAUAGUUUUCUUAGUUGCAGUCACAUUUUAUCUUGAGCAUUGUCUCCCUUGUAGCACUAAUGCUAAAAAUUGAACUUUUAGCAAUGCUCUAAAUGUAACCGCUUUUAUAAGAUGUCUAAAAAAUCCUUUUUUCGUUAAAUACUGUACUACAUGUGAAAUGAUCAUCUGAAUUUAAAACUCGCGCCUUUAGUUGUCGCAAUCGGCGUGUUGAUGCUCAAGGUUGCUAAGCAACCCUUUGUUCGAUAAUGUAAACAACAUAUGCAGCCAAGAAAUGCAAAUUGUAGAAAACGUCAUAUUUUUUUGUGAAACAUGAUUUCAUGAAUAAAUUAACACAAAAUGGUGAAUGCUUUAUUGGUAGAUUAAGUAUCAAUAAAAUACGUGAUGGUUAAAUACGUACUACACUUCCAAAGAAAGUUUACGUAGUGCGAUGAUCGUAUGAACUGCAUAGUUGAAUGGCAACCUGAUAUUUAAAACUCUUGACAUUCUUCAGUUUCUUGAAAGAUGGCAGUGAGUACAGAACUGAGAGAUCCUGUCAAGGAGUGUUAUGAUCCACAAUGUAACUGUCCCAAUAAGAAAGAAUUAGUUCUUCACAAUCAACAUGUGUCAAGAUUACCACGUAUUGAGCUUGAGAAUCGAUUUUUGCAUGUAUAUGAAGAUAAUAUUCGUCUGAAAACAGACUGUAAUCAUUUACGAGACCAGUUGAAGAGAUUGAGUACAAGAGUGUUUCGCUUAAUUGAGUCACGCAAGAGUCUUCCACUGAAUGGAGCUGGUGGAUUUGAGCGCCAAGCAUUGAAUGCAGAAAUGCUUUUAAGUGAGCAAGCACAACACAUCGCAACAUUAGAAGCAGAAAAUGAGAUCUGGCGAGCCAAGGUGGAUGCAAUGCGUCAACAGUUUCUCUCGUGCCGCAGCUUCACAAAUUACAAACCUAAGAAUUCAAAAAAAUGCAACAGUGCCCGCCAUGAGCAGUGGUAUCUUGAAGAAGAAAUUGAACGACUUAAGGAAAAUCUGCAUAAAAUGGAAAGGACUGUGAGUAUUUUACGAAAUGGAGGUGAUCCAGAUGAUUCUUCAGUUUCUGGAAGUGCUGACAAAAGGAAAAGCAAGGGUAAGACCAAAGGCAACCAAUCACCACAUCAUAGUGAACCCAACAACAAGACAGAUCUAGAGGAGCAGCGUGCACGAGUUGACAGCGAUGUGGAACUCAUCAAGGCACGACGAAUAUUAGUGGCCCAAGUCCAGAAAAUGACUGUCCUCAAGGAGCAAGCCACUAAGAUUGAGAAAGAGCUGGCUGAAAAGCAGCAAGCUUUGGAAGAGAAGGUGCAAAUCUGUGACGAGUUGAAUGAACAAGUAAAGAAAAAUAAUGAGAAAAUUAGUGAAUUGCAACGUGAAAUUGCAGGCCUUCGCCAAUAUGAACAGAGAGUGAAAGAUCUCGCAGAGCAGAUCCGAGAUCUCAAGACAGAGAGGGAUGACUUGAAGGCACACAAUUCUCAGUUACUGCAGCUGUCCACUGCUGCAAUAGGUUCUGGUCGCUCUGCUGCUAGCGAAGAUUCUAUCCAGGGAGAAAGUUUGGCAUCAUUGCAACAGCGGGUUUCAACCCUGGAAUCUGCUCUGGGGGCAGAAAAAGCAGAGCGUUUGAUGGUGGAAAUUGCAGCUGCAUCAGAAGCAGCAACUCUCAGAAAGGAAGCUGAAGCUCUCAGUGUCCUAAAGGCAGAUCUAGAAACAAAGUGUCAAAUGCUGGAGGAUAAACUGAAGGCUUCUAAAUCUCAAGAGAAAAAACCUUUAGAAGAGAUCUAUAAUUUUGCCAGUGUGGAAGAAGAAAAUUCAGUUCUCGAUUUACUUAGGCAGUUCCAGAUAUCUCAAGACCAAGUUGCUUCUGCUUCAAUUGAGGCCCCUCCUAAUCGAGAUCUUCCUUCCAGGAGAUAUCCUACUUUAGAUCAGACUAGACGUAUUCUAGGCCUAACUAAAAUAAAACAUAGAGAUGAUCUGGAUGCUGGCGGUACUGAAGGUUCUCAUUCUCAAGAACCACCUCUCAGUGUUUCAAUUUCUCCAAAUUUGACUCAGAUUUCUAAUAGUGUAAAAACUGAUGGGGUAACCAUAGAAACAACUGCUGACAUUCACAAUAUGAAUGAUCCUGAACUUCUUCUAAAUGAUCAUGAGCCUGACUCGAUACUUGCUCAAGCGGCUCAAAAUAGUAGUGAAGGGAAGUAUCUUGAAACUGUUCGUGAGCUUGAGAAGUGCCAAGAGCUUUUGAGAGUACAGCAAAAUAUCAAUUCACUCUACAGAAGUGAAAUAGAUGCUCUUGCGAAGGAGAUUUUACAACAUACAGGAAAGUAUAUGAACAGCCAAGACGUUUAAAUGCCUUCCAGUGUUUCUGUAGUUCAUAACUUACUUGCUGUUAGUGGAUACAGUUUCAAGUCAGUUUUGUUGUGCAGUUAAAGAUAACUGUGAUAGUUCCAUUGCUGUAGCUAAGAAAGUAUUAAGGUAUUACAGUUACAACAAAAUAGCAUUUAUUGCAUUUUGUUGGAUUAUUUUUAUAAGAUUUUAGCUGUUUUCAUGUUAAAAAUGACAUAUAAUGUUAAUGAAUACUAUGAGUAUUUCAUUUUCUAUCUAUAUGUGCUUGAAGAGAAAAUAAAAAAUUAAAAACAAACCUUUUUUAUUAUUACAUGCUGCUAAGCAGUUUCAAUUUAAAUUCUAUGUUAAAAUAAUAUUAUCUUAGUAGAUUUGUGCUGUGGCAAAGACUUGAAAAUUUUCAGUCAUGUGUUCAAAGGUUUUGAAAUUGCAUCCUAGUUGUCCAAAUGACUGAAUUUAUAUAAGAAAUAUAUGAUGCUAAGAGUUCUAAUGUAUUCUUGGAGUGUUUGAGAAUGAAUCAGUCAGAGUUGGAGGCAAACAAAUAUUUAUGGAUAAUUGUGUACAUGAUUUUAUUAUAAUAAGAUAAUAAAAAUUAACAGAAC